AUGUCCAGUCCAUAUUUACCUACUUUAACCUCAGUCCCACCAUCAGAACUUUCAGAACUCUCCUUGUCCAAUAUGGGGAACACCAUGAAAGUGAUGGACGACCACAACAACAUACUCUUUAUUCCCUGCGAUGUCAUAUGUAACAUUCUCAAAAGACUUCCGAUGAAAUCCCUAAUUCGAUUUCAAUGCGUAUACAGAGAUUGGAAAAAUCUCAUCAAGUCUUUGUCUUUUACCGGAGAACACCUCCACCACACCAGUCAUCCAACCCUUUUGCUUCUCCUCAGAUGUUACCGCAGGGUUAGUUUGCGCAUUGUGUUGGUGGAUCAUCCCACCAUGCAGGUGCUUGAAAUUCAAAAGCCACCUUUGAUCGAUCCCUCCAUUAAUUUUAGGAUCGUGGGUUCCAGUAAUGGCUUGGUCUGUGUUGAGGUGGGCAACGAGGAUCGUUGCAUGGUCCCUUCUCCUUUCAGCCCAAAGAAAAAUGGUACGGUUUCCCCUUACUUUUUAUUAUGGAAUCCCCUGACCAGACAGUUUAGGGAGGUGCCCAGAACUAUGAAGGGUUCUAAUGGUUAUUACGAUGUCGGAUUUGGUUUCAAUCCCACUACUGAUGAUGAUUUCAAGAUAGUGACAACUUAUGUAACUCAAUUUCGUUUUGCCGUUAAUCCCGUGGAAGUUUAUUCAUUAAACUCUGGGUCUUGGACGGAAGUAGAAUCAGAAAACUUUGAGGGCAUAAAUAUUAGAAAAGGGGGGAAAGUCAUUGUUAAUGGUGUUAUGUUUAUGUUUGGUGGAAAGCAGGGGCCGGGUGAUGAUUCUAAUACGGCGGUUUCGAUUGACCUAACAAAGCAGGUGUGUGUCUCGACGCCAUUGCCUUUUUUAAAAUAUGAAUAUAAACGAAGUAAUACAAGGCUUACUGUGUACGAGAACAAACUAGCUUUGGUUGUUGUUACUGAACCUUAUAUGAUUCAUUUGUGCAUCAAGGGGAAGAUGGAUUUGGACUAA